AUCUCACUCCAUCUUCUAUAACCAUCUUUCACAAAUCCUCUUAAAGCUCCUGUUUCUAGCGAGAGAAAGAGAUCUAGAGACCAUCAGAAGCACAUACACUCGUCGUCGUUAGCAUCAUCAAAUACACAGAAAUGGCAAAGCAAAAGAUCGUGGUGAAGGUGGCCAUGCACACCGAGAAGAAAGCUCGUAAGGCUCUUCAGACCGUAGUUAGUUUUUGCGGUGUGGAAUCAGCAGCCUUCGAGGGUGCAGAUAAAGACCAGAUAGCGGUGAUCGGAGAAGGAAUUGACUCGGUGAAACUGACAGCUAAAUUAAGGAAAUGCGUAGGACAUACAGAUCUGGUGAGUGUUGGUGCGGAGGAGGAGAAGAAGAAGGAGGAGGAGAAGAAGAAGAAGGAUGAAUGCGAAGCAUUCAUGGAAUAUUGUCCGUAUCCGUAUCCAUAUCCGUACUACUAUGGUUGCUAUGGUGCGCCCUACUAUGGAUGCAGGAUGUGAGAACAGCCGAGACUACUUCACAAAUCAUAUACAUAUAAUAUAUUUUUAUUAAAAGUCAAUAUCAUUAAAUAGCAACUAAAUUUUUAUUUUUAUUUGUAUAUACGCAUUUUUAGUUGUAAAAGUUUGAAUUUAUGCCCGGAUUAUGAUGUAUAUUGUGAAAACACGUAUUAAUUAAUACGAUUUACAUGUUACAUGG